GAGAGAGAGAGAGAGAGAGAGAGAGAGAGAGAGAGAGAGAAUAAAGAGAGAGACUUCCGGCCACGAUUUGUCGGCAACGCUUUAAAACAUACCCAUUUCACAGAUCUGUGCAUUACAGCCUUUUUUCUGGUGUAAGCAAUAAAAAGGGAAGAAAUCUGAAAUCUCUGUUGUGCUAUAUAUCAUGGCGCCGACCACGAUUCGAAAGGCGAUCGGGGCAGUGAAGGAUCAGACGAGCAUAGGGCUCGCGAAAGUAGCCAGCAACAUGGCGCCGGAGCUGGAAGUUGCUAUUGUUAAGGCUACAAGCCAUGAUGAUGAACCUGCGAGCGAGAAGUACAUCAGGGAGAUUCUUCACUUGACUUCGGUCUCUCGUGGCUAUGUGAGUGCUUGUGUUUCGUUGAUUUCCAGAAGGUUAGGCAAAACCCGCGAUUGGAUUGUUGCCAUCAAGUGUUUGAUGCUCAUUCACCGUCUUCUCAAUGAUGGUGAUAUUGUGUUUCAGCAAGAGAUCAUGUAUGCCACGAGGAGAGGCACCAGGCUUCUCAAUUUGUCUGAUUUUCGCGAUGAGGCUCAUUCAAAUUCGUGGGAUCAUUCGGCUUUUGUAAGGACUUAUGCUUUGUAUUUGGAUCAAAGAUUGGAGUUGAUGGUUUUUGAGAGGAAGCAAAAUGGGAGUACUGGUGGAGAGAUUGAGAGAUAUGGUUCUAGAGAAGAAAGGUGGAGAUCUCCUCCUAGCUCUAACCGAGGCAAUGGUUAUGAUUAUGGUGAGUUCAGGGAUGAGCCUGCUUACGGAAUGAGGAAGUCGCGAUCAUCUGGGGAUGUGAGAGAGUCAACACAGGAGCGGAAAGAUGUGACCCCAUUAAGAGAGAUGAACCCUGAGAAGAUCUUUGGGAAGAUGACUCAUUUGCAGCGGUUGUUGGAUCGGUUUUUGUCUUGUCGACCAACUGGAUUGGCGAAAAAUGAAAGGAUGGUAUUGGUUGCUUUGUAUCCUAUGGUGAAAGAAAGUUUCCAGCUUUAUGCUGAUAUAUGUGAGGUUUUGGCUGUUUUGUUGGAUAAAUUCUUUGACAUGGAGUACCAGGAUUGCGUUAAGGCAUUUGAUGCCUAUGCUAGUGCAGCAAAGCAGAUCGAUGAGCUAGUGGGAUUCUUCAACUGGUGUAAGGAUAUUGGUGUGGCUAGGUCGUCUGAGUAUCCAGAAGUUCAGAGGAUAACAAGCAAGCUAUUGGAUACAUUAGAGGAGUUUGUGAGGGACAGGGCUAAGGCGACAAAAAGUCCCGAGCGGAAAGUUGAGGCUCUACCAGCUCCACCAGAAGAACCAGCUCCUGAUAUGAAUGAGAUUAAAGCGUUGCCUGCACCGGAGGAGUAUACUCCUCCACCACCUCCUGAACCGGAGCCUCCUAAGCCAGUGGUUCAGGAGACUGGGGAUUUGGUGGAUUUGAGGGAGGAGGGUGUUACUGCCGAUGAUCAGGGAAAUAAAUUUGCCUUGGCAUUGUUUGCAGGGCCUGGAACAAACAAUGGGUCGUGGGAAGCGUUCCCCGGCAAUGGGGAAACUCAGGUGACCUCUGCUUGGCAGAAUCCUGCGGCUGAGAUAGGUAAGGCUGAUUGGGAGUUGGCUUUGGUGGAGACAGCUAGUCACCUGUCUAAUCAGAAGGCCGCAUUGGGCGGUGGACUUGAUCCACUACUGUUGAAUGGCAUGUAUGAUCAAGGGAUGGUUAGGCAGCAUGUUUCCACUGCCCAGUUGAGUGGAGGUAGUGCCAGCAGUGUGGCAUUACCCGGGCCAGGGAAGAGUGCAACGCCAGUUUUGGCACUCCCUGCACCCGAUGGAACGGUCCAGGCAGUUGGACAGGAUCCAUUUGCUGCAUCUUUGACUGUUCCACCUCCUUCAUAUGUACAAAUGGCGGAUUUGGAGAAGAAACAGCAAUUGCUUGUACAGGAGCAAGUCGUAUGGCAGCAAUAUGCUAGAGAAGGUAUGCAAGGCCAAACGAGUUUGUCCAAGAUCAACACUGGCGGAUAUUAUGGUCCACAAACAGCUGCGAUGCCUUAUGGCAUGCCACCAGUAAAUGGUGUCGGAUUACCACCUGCGGCAGGGUACUACUACGCUCCUUACUGAUUUUGCCACGUAUACAUUAUUUUCCUUUUCAUUUUCCAUUUCAUUGUUAUGUUCUUUAUCUUAGUGCUUUGAUCUUUUUCCACUGUAUUCUAUUGAUGGAUAUAUGUUCAAUUUGUGCAUGGUUAGUGAGGGUAGUGGUUGAGAGGAAGAGAGAAUGGGCUGAAGAGAAUAGAGACUAAUGGUUGUGGGGGGGAGUCUUAUGCUGGGUGCUCUGUAAUCCUAAUAGCACGACUCAUCUGUUUUUGUAAUAUCUGUAUUUUCUUCAGGUCGUCGUUUAAGUGAUGCUCGUUUCUGUAGUGUAAACUAACUCCAUUCUGAUCAUUGACCAAUGCCUCAUUUAAUUAUCUUGGUUCCUUC